AAAAUGGUAAAGGUUGUCAAAUGCAACAACAUAAUUCCUCCAUUAAUAACUCUUCUUCUUCUACUUGCCAUCUUAGCUAUUCAAGUCAUAUGGAGAAGAACGCAAUUGAUGCAAAAAGAGGAGAGAUUGAUCAUGACAUGAAAUUGGUUCAUGAUUCUUCACUUGAUUAUAAGGGAAGGGUUCCUCUCCGAGAUUCAACUGGUUCUUGGAAAGCUUCUUUCUUCAUUAUUGCAAUUGAAUUUAGUGAGAGGCUGAGUUACUUUGGAAUAGCAACUAGCUUGGUCCUUUACCUGACAAAGAUUAUUCAUCAAGAUCUUAAGACAGCGGUUAGGAAUGUGAACUAUUGGACAGGUGUCACCACUUUGAUGCCACUCUUUGGAGGAUUUCUUGCUGAUGCUUUCUUGGGUCGCUACACCACUGUCAUUGCUUCUUGCAUUGUUUAUCUUCUGGGUUUGAUUCUGCUUUCUCUGUCAUGGUUCUUACCAGGCUUAAAGCCAUGUGAUGAUACAAGCACAUGCGCUGAACCAAGGAGGAUCCAUGAAGUGGUUUUCUUCCUAGCCAUCUACUUAAUAUCCGUUGGAACCGGAGGCCACAAACCUUCCUUGGAAAGCUUCGGAGCCGACCAAUUCGACGACGAUCAUGUUGUCGAAAGGAGGCAGAAAAUGUCCUUCUUCAACUGGUGGAACUGUGGUCUUUGCAGUGGACUCAUUCUUGGAGUAACCCUAAUUGUUUAUGUACAAGAUCAUGUUAAUUGGGGAGUUGCUGAUGUUAUUCUCACAUUGGUCAUGGCUUUCUCAUUGAUCAUAUUCUUGUUGGGAAGGAAAUCUUAUCGUUAUAGGGCACCAAUGGGUAGCCCUUUGACUCCAAUGUUGCAAGUUUUGGUUGCCGCCAUUUCCAAAAGGAAGCUUCCUUAUCCUUCUAAUCCUAAUGAAUUGUAUGAGGUUUCCAAGUCUAAUAACAACAACAACAAUGGAAGGUUCUUAGGCCACACCAAGAAGCUCAAAUUUCUUGACAAGGCAGCAAUCAUUGAAAAUGGUGGAAACAUAGCAGAGAAACAAAGUCCAUGGAAGCUUGCAAGUGUGACAAAAGUGGAAGAGAUGAAGCUAAUUAUCAACAUGAUCCCCAUUUGGGUUUUCACAUUACCAUUCGGAAUAUGUGCCGCACAAACAUCCACGUUUUUCAUCAAACAGGGUGUUAUCAUGGACAGAACCGUCGCCAAAGGCUUCCAAAUCCCUCCAGCUUCAAUGUUCACCCUCGCCGCCAUCGGAAUGAUAAUAUCCGUCGCCUUUUACGACAAGAUCCUCGUACCUCUGCUAAGAAGGCUAACGGGGAACGAGAGAGGAAUCAACAUCCUUCAGAGGAUUGGUUUCGGAAUGGUUUUCUCUAUCGUUACAAUGGUAAUUGCGGCGGUUGUAGAGAACAAGAGACUUCACUAUGUUGAGAUGAACCCUUUAAAGGGUUCACUAACAAUGAGUGCGUUUUGGUUGGCGCCACAGUUUCUAAUUAUUGGAAUUGGCGACGGUUUUACCCUUGUAGGGUUGCAAGAAUAUUUCUAUGACCAAGUUCCGGAUUCAAUGAGAAGCUUAGGGAUUGCACUUUAUUUAAGUGUUAUUGGUGCUGCAAACUUUCUUAGUAGCUGGCUCAUAACAAUGGUUGAUCAUGUUACCGGUAAGACCGGUAAAAGUUGGAUCGGUAAGGAUUUGAACACGAGUAGGUUAGACAAAUUUUAUGGGCUAUUGGCGGUGAUAACCACGUUGAACUUGUUCUUGUUUGUGUUCUUCGCUUGCCGGUAUUCCUAUAAGAAUGUGCAAAAGGUUGUGGUGGCUGAUUGUGGUGAAGAGAAGAGUGAUAAUGGUGAUGGUGUAGGGACAAUGGUUUAAUUUGAGUUUGUUUCAAUAUUAUUGGUUCUAUAUUUAUAGUAUAAAAAUGUCUAGGAUCGCAUGCUAUGCUGAUGAUGAAAUUAUUAUAUGUGAUGUUUGAUUUCUACUAUAUAGUGAAUGUUAGUUGCUUUGUUGAUAUAUAUCAAUAAUGUUGUUUGAUCA